AUGCCGGCAGCCAGUGCAGCCAGAGCAGCAGCGUUGCAGGCGCGCGCCCAACGCCAGUACCUCAAAUAUUUGGAUGUGGUCUUGAGACAACUCACCUCCAAGACACGACCUUCACGGGGCCCUCGACAGCCAGGGCUGCUUGCAUUUCUGUCGUCCACGUGGCCAAUGUGCGAGUCGAUGUCACUAUUGGAGAUGGCCAUUUUUACACAGCCGAUGAGAAAUGUGGUGGGUCCCUCCCCGUUUCGACAUUCCCUUCAGUCCACAGCACGACUCCGGGACGAGCUCCGUGCCGUGCUCGAGGCGCAGCGGCCGGAGGCCGCGCGACGGGGCUUCGCCCUGCGGAGGCUGCCGGGCUCGGUGUUGCCGUCAGAGGCGUUUCUCCUCCACUGCCUGGCGGAUCUCCAAGGUGUACAAGUCAUUGUGGAGUCUGGCGUUGGCCAUGGUGGCUCCACUCGUGCUGCCUGUGCUUGGGCCAAAGCGGUACCGGGCAGGCGGGUGCUGUCUUUGGAACGGGCUCUCAAGGACUCCGUGGCCAGAGAUUUAGCUCCAGCCUGCCAAGGUGUGCUUGAGAUGAGAGCAGGUGAUGCUUUUGCAGCUCUUGACUGGGCUUUACACUCAGCAGGCGCCCUCAAUGUGUCUGUGGCCUUACUUUUGGAUGGUCCCAAGGGACGUGUGGCCGUAAGGAUGGCAGAGGAUGCCAUGCAACGGUUUCCUGGACUUCGUGUCGCAGCCAUCCACGAUGUUCCACGUCUUGAUCUCCGCUACAGAGAUGAGGAUGGCAG